AUGAGCUCUUUUGGAAGACUGGAGCACACCAAAACAUACCUGGCUCCUCUUCCUCCUACACUGAAGUUCACAGCCAAGCAACCAUGAUGGGGGUUUUUAUGAUGAGUCAAACAACAGGACCACUUGGUGGCAAACUGGCCCCUUCCGGAAGCUCAAGUAAAUCCAGGAGAACAUCCUCAUGCUGUAAUUUGGGUUUGGCAACAACUGCCCAAAGACAGACAUGGCAAACUGUCUUGUCCAUCAUUCCUCUUCUUUUUGCCAGCACCGCUGCUUAUAACGAAAGCUAUUUAGCUGCAACUUACCAGACUCCACCUGGCACAAGACCAGGGUCUUCAGAUUCCUUGCCUUUCCAGAACGUUACUGAUGGGCAGCAGUUGACUAGGCAAGACUUGCAAAAUUGGUCUGACAGUGGCCAGCCACGUUUUCCUGCUACAGGGAGAGAUCUAUAUACUUCAAACUUAUUGGCCAGCACGGCUGGCACUGUUGACUGGUCCUUUGUUGCAAAUACCCAGUGGGAUUCAAGUAAUGUCUCUGGAAAUAUAGAGUUAAACAUUAGUGAGCAAGGACCCCUGAAUAUUGGCUCCACUGUCUUGAAGAUGGACCAGAACAGUUCUAAUGUUCUGGAGCUUGCAACUUCACUCACACCUGAUUCUACAAGCAUUUCUCUUAAGCUUGCUUCUAAGGGGGUUGAGCAGCUAGAAAUUACCACGGCACCUCCGUCCCUCAUAUCGCAAGCAGUAGGAAUCGAAAAAAUGGAGACUGCUUACACCAUAAGGGUGACUCCUACAUUGUCCCCAGUAUUGUCUCUUCCAGACAUGAGUAGCUCCUUGCAGUUGGAUCCAAAUACAACACACCAGCAUGCACCUGCUUUCCGAAAUACAGCUGCUACAGAUCAGCCAACUGCUGCUGGCACGGUGGUCUUAACUUCAAGAAACCCACUUGCUCUGGAGCACAUCCCCAGGGUUGCGCAGGGCCUACGUGAAACGUCUUCAACUGAAAUGGUCUACAAAACCAGUAUAAGUAGGAUAAUGGCCGAGUAUGCUGGCACAGCUACUUCUCCACAUAGUGACUUCCUCAGUGACCAGUACAGGAAGACACUGCAUACCAGUCAUCAAGAUUCGAUGACCUCUUCUGUUGGAACAACUCCUCCUGGAACCAGUCAUCAAGAUUCGAUGACCUCUUCUGUUGGAACAACUCCUCCUGGAACCAGUCAUCAAGAUUCGAUGACCUCUUCUGUUGGAACAACUCCUCCUGGAACCAGUCAUCAAGAUUCGAUGACCUCUUCUGUUGGAACAACUCCUCCUGGAACCACUAAUAUAGGGAUGAAAUUUCUCCACCCAAGCAGUGGGCAUGCAUCCCAUAGUUCUCUGGCUUCCACGCUGCACACUCCUGCCAAUACCUUGCCUGGCCCUUCUUCACACUCUUCUGGUGCAAGUUCACACAAGGCUGACUCUGAGCCGACAAUUGUGUCCAAUGGCCAGAAACUUGAUACCACUGAAUCAGUGAGUAGAGGGCCCCCUGCAGCUGUUCCUGUAACUUUGUCCCCGUCUUCCCUCUGGCCCUCACUUAGUCAUUCAAAUGAAGCUUUGCCAGCUGUUACUUUACCCGCUUUUACAACUUUGGCAGGCUCCACAGGCUCUAGAAAGUCCAGAGGGUUUCCCACUCCGCAGCAGCCCGAACUCCUAAGCACUGGAUUUUCUCCACAUAGACCUAUCCCCACGACUACAGAGUCUCCUUAUGUGUCUUCACUGUCGGCUGCCGCUGAUGGAGCCCAUGUCAAUCCAGAGAACUACACUGAGAUCCCUCUGAAUUCUGUCUUCCCUUAUUGGGAGGGUAAGGGCACAAUCCCACCCAUCCAUAGCUUACCAUCUACAGCUGAUCUGACUAGCUCCUCAAGCCAACCAACCAUGACAGAGUCCACCAUGAACAGGUCCCUGUGGUCCAAAGCUAGAAAUCCUACUUUACCCAUUUCUCAUAGUUUGACAGCAGAGUCUUCUGCUGAUGUGGCACAUGGCAGUGUUAACAAGCUGACUUUGGAGACUACUACACAUAUUCCUCAUUCAUCGGCAGAUGGGGAGGCAGCGUUCAGCCUUUCUCUUGCAACUAUGUCACUCGGCCUUGGCACUCAUGCAGAAACUGGCCUGUCUGUUGGGUCCCAGAGUUCUCGGAUGAAAGAGCAGGUCACACCUCUGCCGCCAUCUCUUAGUACUACCGAAGAGGACUCUUUAGCCACUCUUGGGGUGAUAAGCACUUCUGCAGGCGAAGAAGCUAGGCUGGACUUGAAGGAAGAUCCCUCACAUGUACCACAGGAGCUUAUUGGUUUCAGUGAGGUCUCUACACAUGGCACCAUCUCAAACAGCAAAAGUGGCAUGACCAACUUUGGCAUUACCACCUCACCCUGGCAAGUUUCAAGUUCUUCACUUGGCACAUUGCAUGCUGGGGAUGCUGAAACAGGAUAUAAUGUUAGUCCACUGGAAGGUGUAACCAACACUGCUAGUUACAGGGAGCAGAUGGCUGAGCCCCAUAAAAUAACUGCUGCUGCUCAACUGAUGCCUAUGUUCUCCUCGGAGGUCCCAGUGAUGGCUUUAGGAGGUACUCCAGCUGAAGACUUGGUCUUUAGCUUAACUUCUGCAGAGUCCCCAGUUCAGCUGACAGAUGAGCACUAUGCUUUGCCCAGGAGGAGGAGUGGGUCGAUGCCAACUCCUCCUCCAAAUUCUACCUCUCUUGUGACGUCAAGGGUUGUGUCCAAGGAACCUUCUGAGCCAGAGACUCUAACCAUGUCCUUGACCACAAAGAUGGCUAAUGAUUCCAUUGUACAUACAUUUACAGCAAGAAGUGACUCUAUGCGCCUCUCUAGCCCACACCUAGAAACAGCAGAGGCUACCCUGCCAAAUAGAGAUGUUUCUGAUGGAAUGGUACAUGUUGAUCUCUCUACAGGAGAUGCUACAACCAGGUCUGCAGAAGAAUUUCUCAGUGUGACUUCCCAGGGAUGGAAGCUUGCCAUUCCAACGUCAUCUCAUGCCACAGCUUCACACGGAAACAUAACAGAAUCAGGAAGAUUUUCGGUCAUUCCAACACGUGGGUCUGUAUCUACAAGCUUUAUCUCAAUGGGCUCCUCUAGGAGUAGCGUUCCCGAGUCAAUUUUGAAGAUAAAUGAUGAGGCUACUGAGGGCCUAAUGAGCAGGUGGAAAGAGCAGGGGACACCUACCAACACAAUGCUGCCUGUUGCGUCCACUGCAGAAGCAUGGACACAUGAUUUGAAAGCCAUCGCUUCUUCUCAAACAGCAGCUAACACUACAGAUACACUUUUGCCUACAAGGGCCUCUGAGGUUGACUUCAGUGCCUCUGCUGUAGCAACUACACUGGGGACCAUACUAGGAUAUAAGAUCACAGAUGCCUUUACUGCAGCUGUCCCACAAGUAGUUAGCACAAUGGCUUUGCACACUGGCAGCUCAGGGGUUGAAAGUUCCACUGCCUCUCAAGGCCCUGCAUAUCUGUCUUUCCCAGAGAGCACAUCUCCUGCAUAUCUGUCUCUCCUAGAGAGCACAUCUACCCAGGCUGUCCCUGUGUCAUCUGUUACAACAGAUCUGCUGACUAGCCCAAGAAUUCUUCCUGGUGAGUUGACAAGAGCAGCUUGCAGGAAUGCCCCUUGUACAGUGAGCACCAUCCCAGCAUCUUUCACUCUGUCUCAAGGUGCAUCAACUCAGAUUCCUACUACUACCCAAGCACUCUUGACUAGAAAGCUUUUGGUUACUCCACUGGGGUCAACAGAUGCCAUGAAGAAUGGGGCCAGUGUGGUUCUCGGCACCACGGAGACUAGCCCUGAGCACAUAAUAAGCACAACUACACAAAUGGUGUCUGGAAACCAAAAGGGCAACACUCCAAAACAGCCAGUGUCAAAGUUCAAGGCUCCAUCACUGAGCCAGUUCACCAGGAAGGAGAGUUUGACCUGGAGAACAUCUACACCACCUGUUCUGGCUGUGCAUAAUCUGCCUCUGUGGUUCCGUCUCAUUGGAAUUGAUUAUGAAGAAUCCUUGGAGAACAAGUCUUCUCAAAGCUACAAGAAGCUGGAGAAAGAAGUAAAGUUGACCUUAAACAAGAUGCUAUCUACCUAUGAGACCUUUCUUCAAGCAAACGUUCUCCAUUUCUUGAAUGGCUCUGUGAUCGCUGAGGCUGUGGCUGUGUUCCAGGCUGGAGGCCCUGUUCCCACACCCUCGGACGUCAUCCGUACAAUUGUCACAGAGGUGGAGAGGCGGGAAAUGGACACCUUCUUUGGCUGGAGGGUGGAUGUGAAAUCUCUUCAGUCAAACGGGUUCAGCUGGAAAAACCUAGAACCAGAGAAGCUGGCUGUAUCGUUCACUGUUCUGGGGCUGGGAUCUUCAGCAUCAUUUGAUGGCAUGAUGAACUUGGAACAUAUGGAAAAGCUAAGACGCAAGGUGUUCCUGUUGCUUGGAACUCAGUACACAGUGCAGAAUAUCUCUCUUAAUCAAGUCAGAUAUAGCCAAGGUGGUGUCGAUAUUAAUGGAGAGGUCUAUAUUGAUACCAAUGCUCAUGUGGACAUUGGCUGGGCUCUAAAAGCACUGAUGGGGCUUAGAAACUACUCUGUGGACCUCACGUCUCUCUCCAUCAAUGGGUCACGCCUAAGUCUCCAGGUCUUCCCAGUGUCUUUCUUGGUAACCAACAGGAUAUUCAAUGAGAGAAUGAUGGAUCGUUCUUCUGUAGAGCACCAGAACCUUGCCAGGGAUAUAUCUGAUGUGCUAAUGCAUAUUCUAGGGAAGUACAAAAACCUCCUGCAAGUGGCAAUCCGAGACAUCACCGGUGGAUCCCUGAUAUGCCAUGGAGAUGUGAUAUUCCAGCACCCAGCUCCAACAAGCAAGGAUGUCCUACAGACGCUCGCUCUUUCAGUUGGCCCGAAGGAUUAUCUGGACUCCUCAAAUCUCCAAGUGGACCCAUUCUCCUUUACUGUAGCAGGUGAUGGGCUGGAGCCUCCCGUUACACAUCGAGGUGUCCCUGGCUAUGUGGUGGCCAUCAUUGUGCUCUGUGUCCUUGCACUAGUUGCUCUUCCUAUCCUGGCUCUGCUGCGAAAGGUGCUUGGCCGGAGAGACAAGAUUAUUAUCAACAGGGGGCGUGACCAUGAAACGGGCGUGGAGACAUUUGAACUAGAUAACCCAGGAUUCCACCCAACUCGGGAUGAGGUAUACUCCAGACUGUCAGAACAUAUGGAAAAAUGAUGGUGCCAGAUGCUCUUACUCUUCUACAAAAUCACUCGACAAGAAGAAUCAAAGGCUUGGGAUGAAGAUGGGAUGUUUUCAUACCAUCUGAGUUGGGGGCCUUUUUGUCUACUGAUGAGAACGGUGUCUGAGCCAGAGCGGCGGAGGAUGCAGGAAGGCGUCAACCGGUGACUGGUCAUAAGAAGAAGAAACGCAAAUACCGAUCUCAGCGCAAAAUUGCCGCAUAAUGUCUCGAACAGAGGGAUGUGGAAGCAAUGAAACUUUAAAAAAAAAGAGGGGAGUGUGUAAUGGCUUCCCUUUGUAAAUGCCACAGUUGAUUUCCUGGGCAUCUCUUUAAAACUAGAAUUAAGGUUUUAAUGCCAGCAGAGGCAAAUGGUCCAGAACGAGAGUGCAAGGCUGGUUGUGUUCUGUAGCUCUUGAGGAAAGGUGGCCCCAGAACUUAAGCACACAGGUCAAAAGAUUUAUUACACCUUUCCCUUGUGCCCAUGCUUGAGGCCUUCAUUGUAAAGGUCUCUCCUCCCGAACUAGCAAAGCAGUCUCGUAUUUUUUUUAUGGCUAAGCUGAUCUUUUAUGUAUGUCUUUAAAACAUUUCUUAUUACUUUGUAUGUCUAGGCCAUAGAAGCUAGUUUUUUUUGUUUGUUUUUCCUGAUCAGAUCUUGGUAGGAUAAGAAC